AUGAGUGCCAAGGAUAAAAUUGUUGGGAAUCCUAGUGAGUCGGUUCCACCUCCACCACCAACGGCGGCUGGUAGACCAAGACCUCCUACAUCACAGCUCUUUUCGCGAGGCAAUCUGGUUAGCAGUCGAGGAGGUGCUGACAAAACCUCUUUGGCCAGACCCUCUACCGCUGUGAGGGCUGUGGGUUACGCGGCUAAUAACAGUGCGGGCUCUGCUGGACAAAAAUUCGAUCAGUUCUUCCUAGAGAAGGCCAAGCAACAGACGCUCUCAUCGGCUAACGCCUCCAUAGAUGCAGCCAAGGAGGUCAAUCCUCAAAUCAAAUACAAGAAUCUAGAGGCAAAGAUAGUCAAACUUCUGGAGUCGUCCAUAGUGCUGGCUGCUCGUAGGACGCCUUCGACGGCCGAAACCAAAUCUUCACUCUCCGAUUCGUUAAACAAAGCCAAAGAAGCUUUCUCCUUGGAUCGGACAUUGCAUCGAUUUCGGGAUCAGCAGGGCGAGAAUGUGUUUCACAAUUUUGAUCUUACCUAUGCAGUGUUCUUCAAUCUGGCUGAGCAAUAUGAACAGAAUGAGAUGCAUAUUGAGGCGCUUAACACCUACAGCAUUAUGACCAAAAACAAAAUGUUUCCCCAUGUCAAUCAGCUGAAACUCAAUAUGGGCAACAUAUAUCACAAAAUGGGCAUCUAUCCAAAGGCCAUAAAGAUGUAUCGCAUGGCAUUGGACUCCGUACCCAAUAACCUUAAGCAAUUGCGGUUGAAAAUUACCGAAAAUAUCGGAGUCUUAUUCGUGCGGAUGGGCCAAUAUGCCGAUGCGGCUUCUAGUUUUGAGUUCAUCAUGUCGGAGCGGGCGGAUGUUAAGAAUGGCAUACACUUGCUACUCUGUUACUAUGCCAUGGGAGAUGUGGAGAAGAUCAAAAAUACUUUUCGCAUUUUGUGUGAUGUCCAGCCGGCGGAGAGUGACAGUGACUUGGAGAAUGAGAACAAUAUAAUAAAGCUGCAGGGACAAACAGUAGCCGGCCAGGAUGCAGAGCAGGAUGAGAACGAGGCGAAUGCCGAUACUGCUGCUGAAGUGGCUGUUAUUGAGGCCGGCACUGGCCCAUCUGGCGGUAGUGCCACAUAUGGCAAAAACCAUGAAUCUGCCGCACAGAGCUCGGGCAAAGCUCGGAGCCGUCGGUAUGUUUUACAGGCCUUAAAGACUGACGAGUUGGCUACCUACACGAAGCAGAAAAGAAACGUUGAGAAGCGUAGCAUCACCAUGAUUGUGGAUCUCAUUUCACCUAUUAUCGAGGAGAACUAUAACGAUGGCUACAACUGGUGCAUUGAGGUAAUCAGAACUUCGAACUUAUCAUGGCUGGCCAAUGAAAUGGAGCUGAAUAAGGCUCUGGUCUAUCUAAGGCAAAACGAUGUCAAUCAGGCCAUCGAAACACUUCAAAUGUAUGACCGAAAGAGCGAAGGAUCGAUGACGGCUAGUGCCCUCACCAAUCUCAGUUUCAUUUACAUAAACCUUGGUAACCUCGAAAUGGCUUCGCACUGCCUCAAUCAACUGAAGGAGUUGGGAGCAUUGGAAACCAAUGCUCUAGCCCUGGUUAACGCCAGCAUUGUGGAAAUUCAGAAGCAGAAUCUGGCAUCAGCCAAAGAGCAGUUGCAUCGCGCCGUGCAAUUGCAGCCCACAAAUUUUGAGGCAAACUACAAUCUGGGUUUGGUGGCAUUAGCCGAGCAGGACUACGAGCAGGCUGAGGAAAAGUUCGAGCUACUCAAGUCUCAGUUGAUGGUGCCGCAUUCGGUGCAACACAGUCAUGUCUAUUAUCAGUUGGCGAAGUUGCAAGAGCGACGACUUAGUCAGGGAACCGGAAAUUUUAAGUCCACUCCCUCGCCGGGUGCCCUUCAGGCCUACCUCCAGGUCCUGGGGAUUUCGGCAUCGGACGUGGACUCUCGCUUGUUCGAGAAGGUUGGCUCGAUGUAUGAGCAAAUACAGGACCAUCAGGAGGCGAAUCAAUAUUACAAUGAGGCCUAUCGCAUCAAUAUGAGUGACAUCAAUAUCGCCAGCUCCAUUGGAUCGUACUACAUAAAACUUCAGGCCACGGAGAAGGCUUUGUAUUAUUACGAACGCGCUGUCCUAGCCGAUCCCAACGAUCCAAAUUUGAUGUUGCGCAUAGCAAGCUGCUUUCGGAAUUCUUAUCUACCACCCAAACAAUAUCUCGGCAUGUUUGAGAAAAUCUACGCUCGAUUCCCAGAUAAUAUGACCUGUGUCCGAGCCCUUAUGCAGGUGAGCAAAUCCUUGGGCAUGAGCGAACUACACGAAAGGUAUUCCCUGGACUAUGCUAGGCUCCAUAAGCAGCAACAGGAGAGACAGCAGGAGCAACGCUAUCAGCAGCAGCGCCUAUCCUCCGCCACCAGUAACCGGAUUAGAGCUUUAAGACCAUCGAAUGAGGAACGCUUGUUGGAGAAUAAUGAGAUUUCUCACACCAUAGCAACAAGCAACUACAAUGGCCAAGAGCAUUUUGGUAAGACUUCGUCCAGUUCUUAUUCGGUGCAACAAUACGAUCCUUUGGGCCCGCCAGCAGAACGUCCUCGCACUGGAAUUUAUCGAUCUCAGCCGAGCAAUGACUCGGACGAUGAUGCUGAGAUGAACGCUGAGAGUUUGCUGCCCAUUUGAAGAAUUUUUACAUGCUGUCAUAUAGAUUUAACACUUAAAUGGAAAUCAAAUAAAAUUAUACAUAUACUCGAA